AAUUGCGAGGCUGCGAGGCUGUUUCCUCAUUCGGCAACCAAAAUAUUUUGAAUCUCGUCACGAACUGACGACAACGCAAACAUUCACGACCAAGCACUUCGAUUCAUCAAUGCCGUUGUGAUCAACGAUAAUAUAAUACCUAAAGAUUCAAGUGUACCAUUUGCACGAAUUUGGUCUCUCACCUCUUUCAACAACCACAUCAACAAUGACGACUAUAUCUCCCCUUCAACAUACCUCACUCAGGAACCUUACUCUCCUCCUCCGAACCGCACCACGCUUCGUCCAGAAUCAAUUCCGACAUCAUAGCACGUCUCAGAGCGCAUCAUCAUCAGUCAAUCCCGAAGAAGUCUCACAUUUCAAUGCUCUGGCCUCGACAUGGUGGGAUCCCCACGGAUCCUCACGGCUACUCCAUCUCAUGAAUCCUCUCCGUCACGACUUUAUCCGGGGAUGCCACGCCGCGCAGCCUGACCCACCACCGACUAGUGGCCUACGUUAUCUAGACAUUGGAUGUGGAGGAGGUAUAUUCGCAGAGAGUGCUGCGAGAUUAGGCAGCACCGGCAGUGUUACAGCCAUUGAUCCCAGUCCGGAGGUGUUGGCUAUUGCGAAGGGACAUGCGAGGAAAGACCCAAUGUUGAAGGGGAAAUUGACAUAUCUGAAUAAUUCAAUCGAGGAGCUGCCAAAGCCGCAAUCAAUUGAGGAGCAAUUCGACGUUAUGUCGGUGUUUGAGGUCAUUGAACACAUUACUCAUCCAGCUGAGUUCUUGGACCUUUGCACACCUUUUGUCAAACCGGGAGGAUGGAUUGUCAUGAGCACUAUUGCGAGGACGUGGAUGAGUUGGGUUACGACGAAGCUCGUUGCCGAGGAUCUGGCCAGAAUCGUGCCCAGAGGAACACAUGAUUGGGACAAGUACAUCAAUGAAGAGGAGUUGAGGGGUUAUUUCUUGAAGGCUGGAGGUUGGAACAGCCCUAGAGUUAUGGGGGUAGUGUAUGUUCCUGGGCUGGGGUGGAAGGAGGUUUCUGGGAGUGAGAAGGUUGGGAAUUACUUCUUCGCAAUUAGAAGAGAUACUUGACGAGGAUACGGAGAACCUGUAAGAUUUUCAGGUACGUAAUGUAUUAUAAACUUGUUUAGAGUAUUCACGGGUUGGAGAGGGCCUUUUAUCAUAUGGCCUUUGAACGAACAAAGGCUACAGUGUAGAGUCACUAUCAUGUAAGAAGGCCAAUACAGCUUUAAAACAGCGCCUGAAAUCCAAAAACUUCGAUUGGUGUCAUGUGAGAUAGUACACAACCCGUCACUGUUUUAUGACAAUCUUUCUAG